GGAGGCCUACACGCCACCGCCUUCAGCAUCGCCAUGUCUCCAGUGAUCCCUGAGAAGUUUCAGCACAUUUUGCGAGUCCUCAACACGAAUAUCGAUGGGCGGCGCAAAAUAGCCUUUGUCAUCACGGCCAUUAAGGGUGUGGGGAGAAAGUACGCCCAUGUGGUGCUGAGAAAAGCAGACAUUGACCUCACCAAGAGGGCAGGAGAACUCACUGAGGAUGAGGUGGAGCGGGUGAUCACCAUCAUGCAGAAUCCCAGACAGUACAAGAUCCCAGACUGGUUCUUGAACAGACAGAAGGAUGUGUAGGAUGGAAGAUC